CAGGUUGGCCUCCUUCACAGAGAUCUGCCUGCCUCUGCCUUCUAAGUGCUGGGAUUAAAGGCGAGCGCCACUGUACCUGAGGGACACUUAAAAACAAACAAACAGCCGGGCGUGGUGGCGCACGCCUUUAAUCCCAGCACUCGGGAGGCAGAGGCAGGCGGAUUUCUGAGUUCGAGGCCAACCUGGUCUACAAAGUGAGUUCCAGGACAGCCAGGGCUAUACAGAGAAACCCUAUCUCGAAAAACCAAAAACAAACAAACAAACAACAACAAAAAAACAACAAAAAAAUGAGAACAUGAUUUAUUACUUUUGUGUGGGUGAAAUGUUUGUGUGGAGUAGUGGUUCCAACCUAUGGGUUGUGACCCCUGGGGGUCGAAUGACCCUCUCACAGGGGUCACCUGAGACCAUCAGAAAUAUCGGAUAUUUACACGAUGAUUCAUAAUGGUGGCAAAAUUACAAUUAAGAAGUAGCAAUGAAAAUAAUGUUAUAGCUGGGGUCUCCACCACAUGAGGUACUAUAUUAGAGGGUCGUAGCAUUAGGAAGGUUGAGAACCACUGGUGUGGAAGGUGUUCAUGUCUGGAGGUCAGAGGCCAACUCUGUCAUCAGACUCAAGUCAUCAGGCUGCCUAGCCAACACCUUUACCUGCUGAGCCAUCCUGCCGGCCCUUGUUUCUUUGCUUGUUUUUGAGAAAGGGUCUGUGGACUAGCCGAGGCUGGCCUCAAACUCACCGUAUAGCCUAGGAUGGCUGUGAACUCUUGAUCUCCUGCCUGUAAUUCUCAAGCGCUGGGGCCUUCCCUGUUGUGGUUAUAGAACCUUCCAGGACUGAUGAGUCCACUCGCCAGAGUCCGUAAAGUCAUUUAAUCAAUGCCUGGCACAAGGCAGGUGCUUGGUAAAAAGUCAGAGGCUGCUCUAGUUUAUCCAGUUGGUGAUAUGACGUCAUUCUGUCCCGUGUCCUCUGCGGACACAUGUUCCUUGUUGCUGUGGGAUCUUCAUGUGUAUGUCAAAAGACAGCUUUUCCAUUUACUGCUGCUUAAGACAGGGUCUCACUGCAUACCUCAGGCUGGCAUCAAACUGGAGCCUCCUGCCUCGGCCUCUUCAGUGUGAGAGUUACAGGUACGCACUACCAUGCACAGCUACAAUUUACAUCUUUAUAUUUUAAGGACUUGGGCCAUAAUGCUUCAGCCUCUGUGUGUGUGUGUGUGUGUGUGUGUACACGUGCGUGUGCGCGUGUGUGCGCGCACGUGCAUUCAUAUGUAGAGUGACAAUAUACUUUCUGAUAUAUUACCUGAUAUAUUAUAUAUUAUUCUGAUAUAUAUUAUAUAUAUUACCUAAGGCUUUUCUCACUGAAUCUGGAGCAUCCCUGUUCCAAUUUGGCUGGCUGCUGAGCAAGCCUCAUCUCUCUUCUUGACUCCUUGUCCUCUCUCUUCUUCCUGACUCUGUCCCCUGCACUGGAGCUGCUGGUGUGCACCCAGCUGUUACCCAGCUUUUCCCUCUUUUGUUAUGGAUGCAGGAGACUGGACCGUAAGCCCUCACGCGUGCCUGGCCAGCACUUUUACCCACUGGACCAUCUUUCCAGCACAAGGUUUCCCCUUCUCAGAAUUCUUUUAAUCGGGGGACUGCAAAGAUGGUAGCGCCACUGUUAAGAGCGCUGGCUACUCUUCCAGAGGACCUGGGUUUGGUUUCCAGCACCCACAUGGCGGCUCACAGCCGUCUGUAACUCCAGUUCCAAGGAGUCCAAUGUCCUCAUCUGGCCUCACAUACAUACAUGCAAAUGCUCACACAUACACAAAAAAUAAAACACAUACAUCUUUUAAAGGCAUGGCAGACAGGUGUGAUAGUGAGAUCCUGUCUCAAAAAGAAAAAAGAACUCUUUUUGUUGGGCUAGGGAGAUGGUUCAGUGGGCAAGAUACUUGUUACCAAGCCUGACCACCUGAGUUCUGUUCUGGAAAUUCACACGGUGGCAGGUAGAGAAUCACCUUCCCUAAGUUGUCCUCUGGCCUUCAUAGCUGCAUUUUUUUUAGCACAUGCACACAUACAAAAAUAAAUAAAUAUAAAAAAAGAAUUAUUUUUAUUGAUCUUUCUUUAGCUGGGUAGCAAAGGCAUGGGAGCAGUCUCCUAUACUUUGCCCUGUAACCUUAUAAACUAAGGUUUCUCUUUAGUCUUAGUCCAUUCCCGCUACUAUGACAAAAGGCUCAAGAUGGAUUGAUUUAUAAGUCACAGAAGGUUGCCUUUCACAGUUCUAGUGGCUGAGUAAGUCUAAGAUCACAGAGGCAUCAGAUAGCGUGUCUAGUAGGGGCCCAUUCUAUAUCUGGUGUUUCCUAAUCACUGGAAAGGCGAGAUGUAUCUAUUCUGUGUCUGAAGAGAUGGAAGGACCCGCCUCUCUCGUAAGGGCGCCUAUGCCAUGCACAAGGGCAGUGCUCUCAUGACUUCAUUACUUACUGAAAGAUCUUGCCUCUUUUUCCUACCACAUGAUGAGUUCAAGGCUAGCCUGGGCUACAUGAGGUGCUGUCUGAAAAAAGUCAAGAUUUGCAAAGAGUUAAGAAAAGCUAUGUGGUACAGAGCCAGUAUGUAUAGGGCCAUUGUUCCAAACUCCAGUAUAAAAACAAAGAAACAAAGAAACAAUAUUGUAUAGGCUGGGAUUCAAACCUUCAAUCUAGGGCCGGUGAGGGACACUUAACCAAGCCAUAGCAUGUGUUACAGUUGGAGCAGUGCUUCAUACAUUUUUAUAAUUAUGCCUUUAUUUAUUAGGUGCACAUGUGUGUGGGUGUGCCUUGAAGUCUAAGCACAGCUUUGGGGAGUCAGUUCUCUCCUUCCAUCAUGUAGACUCUGGGGAUCAAACUCAUGGCAUCAAGAUUUGCCUGCAAUCCCCUUUCCCCACUGAGCCAUCCUGCCAGAAGUGUGCUUUAGUUAAGAUAAGCGCGUUCUGAGCUGGGCAUGUGGCUUGAUGGUUGGUUGCUUGGCCUGCCUGCACGUCUGAGGCCAUGGGUUCUAUCCCUCACACCGCAUGAAACUGGACAUGGUGGUGCAUACCUGUGUCCAGCACUUGGAAAGUGUCCAGGGAAUUUGAGGCCAGCAGGAGCUAUGUGAGACUGUGAGAAACAGGGAGGCGGGAGGAGAGAGGGUGGAAGAUGGAUCUGGUGGGGUUGCCACCCUGAGCUGAUAACCUGCAGACCCACCCUCCAGGAGGGGGGGGGGAGUCCAGCUGGGGGUUGCCCUGCCCAGGCACUGUGCAGUGCCCACCUCAUCCCUACCCUACCCUUCUAGGUCUUCCUCUCCCCUCCCCUAAGGAAGCAGGCAGUCCCCGUGGCCCUGAAGACACAGAAGUGAGAGUUCUUGGUGGCUUUGCUUUGAGGAAGUCAAAUGUCAACCCUGAAACUGAUGAAUUCUGUCUCCAAAAUUAGCAACUGCACCCCCACCCACCCCCCAACCCCAAUCCGGAAAAAAUUCUAGAACAUUCUCCCCAGCUUCCGCUGACUCUGUGGUGAAGACAGGGAGGUUCCACUCUGCUCCUGCCCUGUUGGUGUGACCGUCUGUCACCUGCUGAGGACGACUGUGCCCUUUAUCACUGGGUCACUUUUCUCCUGUUCUAUCUGCACAUGAGCUUGUAUGAGACAUACAAGCUGUGGGUGCUCCGACAUGUAUGUGCAGAAGGCAGAGGACAAGCUCAGGCGCCAUCCCUCAGGGAUCGCCCACCCCGCUUCCUUGAAACAUGCUCUUUACUGGGCUUGAGCUCUCCAGACUAGCUGACGGGGAGUCCCUGGGCUCCGCCUCCUCCAUUUCCCCAAUGCCAGGAUUACAACUGUGCACCAACACCCUACCCCUUUUUUUAUAUGACUUCUGAGAACUAAGCUUGGCUCCCCAUGUUUUACAGACUGAGCUAUCCCCCCCACCCCCAUUCCGACUUCUCUUUUGAGAUAUGCACUGAACUCCCUGUAUAGCUGGGAAGGGCUGAAGGUGCCCCCCCUUCCCGUCUCCCUGCCUCCACCUCCCCAGAAGAUAGGUAUGUAGGCCAGUAUACACUUUUAGUUUCUGACCUCCUACAGUGAAGCCUGCAUUUCUGUUGCCUGGUUAGGUUGGUCUCCAAACUGGGGGCUUGGCAUGUGUCUGAUGUAGGGAUCUGGCAGUGUGUUCUGAUCCGGGGAAAUGACUGGGCUAUCCUUGUCUAUUCUAGUUUGCUUUCUGUUGCUGUGGUAAUAAACACCGUGACUGAAAAGCAGCUAGGUUUUCUUUGUCUUCUAAGGUACGGUCCACCCUAGGGGGAAGCUAAGACAGGGACUCAAGGCACACACGCACACUUGGAAGCAAGAGCGGAAGCAAAGGCCACAGGAACACUGCUUACCGGCUUGUUUGCCUUUUCUUUAUUUUUGUUUUUGAUUUUUUUGAUUUUUUCUGUAUUGGUGUUUUGGCUACAUGCCCCCCUGCUGCCCAAAGGAGGCCAGAAGAGGAUAUUGAAUCUUGAUAUUGAAACUUGAGUUACAAACAGUUGUGUGUCACUAUGUGGCUGCUGGGAAUUGAACUCAGGUUCUCUGGAAGAGCUCUUAACUGCUGAGCCAUCUCUCCAGUCCCACUUCCUCUGCCCCAGUUUGCUUUUUUAUAAAUAUGGGCCGGCUUGUCUAGACCUACCAACCAACAGUGGGCUGGGCCCUCCCAUGUUAAUCAUCAGUCUGAUGGAGGCAAUUCCUUUACUGAGGUUCCUUCUUCCCAAAUUUCUAGGUGUGUGUUAAGCUAAGAAAAACUAAGUAGCCAGGGGGAUGUAGAUAGGAUGGCUGGACUUGGUGCUCUGUAGAGAUCUGGGUUCAAAUUAUGAAACCUGCUGUUCACAAGCUGGGUCAUCUCAGCAGGGAGCUGUACUUGUUAGUCUUUGCUGUGAUAACAUUCCUGACAGAGGAGCUUAGAAAAGGAUGUACCUCACAGCCCAUCAUGGCGGCAGGAGCGUGAGGCGGCUGCUCACACUGCAUCCCAGUCAGGAAGCAGAGAGAGAUGGACGCUGGUGCUCAGCACACUUUCUCCUUUGAGUUCAGAUGGGGGCCCCGGCUCAUGGGAUGGUGCAACCACAUCCAGGGAGGGUCUAGUCUUCCCGCCUCAACUAACCAAUCUAGAUGUUCCCUCACAGACACGCCCAGAGGGGCGUAUCAUAGUGAUUUAAAAUCUAGUUGUAGGACCCUUCUUCUUCUACUGGGUUGCCUUAUCCAGCCUUAAUGUGCUGGAAUGUGCCUGGUCUUAUUGUAGCUUGUUACGCUGUGUCUGGUUGAUGUCCCUGUUAGGACUGUUUUUCUCUGAGGAAAGGAGAGGUGUGGAUCUGGGGGAGAGAGGGAGGAGGGGAAAUUGUAGUCAGAAUGUAAUAUUUGAGAGAAUAAUAAUAAUAAUAGUAAUAAUAAUAAUAAUAAUAAUAAUAAUAAUAAUUAGAGCCAGGCAUGUUAUACACCUUUAGUCUCAGAACUUGUUGGGGCAGAGGCAGGCCUAUGUCUCUAAGUUUGAAGCUACCCUGGUGUAUGAAGUGAGUCCACGAUAGGCAAGGACUCUGUUACACAGAGAAACCCUGCCUUGAAAAUACAAAUAAAUAAACAAAAACCAACAAAUAAUUUUUAAAAAAAUUACAAAAAUAAAAUCCAGUCAAGUUGGCAAUGAAGGUUAACCCUCAUACUAGGUAUGGUGACCCCGGAAAGGUUACUCAGCCAUUCUGGGCCUCAGUCUCCCCAUCUGUUCAGCAGAGUUAGACCCAAUGUUGGUGUAAAUGCUAAGUGAACUGAUGUGUAAGCUGGAAUUCAGGUAGGAGGGGUUAAAAGAGGAUUGUGUAUGUGCUGGGAAUCAAACCCAGGACCUCACACAUGCCAGACAAGUGUACACUCACUGCAGGCCAGGCCCCUGCUGUAGAACUGUCUUCCUGUCUUCCCAAAAGCAAGCAGCGGGUAGUUUUGUCUCUCUUUUCUGUGAUGUAUAUGGCCUUUGUGUCUGCAUGUAUGUAUGUAUGUAUGCAUGCAUGCAUGUAUGUAUAUAUAUAUGUGCUUAACAAGCAUACCAUGCCUAGUUCCCAUGAAGGUCAGAAGAGUGGGCACUGGGAUUCCAGAUUGUCAGGGACUCUGGGAGAGCAACCAGCGCUCUUAGCCACUGAGCCAUCUCUUAGCCCCCGUGUCUCUUCUUCUUAAAGCUCUUCCUCCAAGAGGAGGUAAAGUCCCAAAGGGACUGAAUAUGUUCCAGUAUUGAUCUGUCUGGCCCGAGCAUUUUAAAAGCUAAACAGGGAAUAAAGGAGAGAGAGACAAACUGACCAAAGGGAAAACACAAGGCCUGGGGAGGAACAGGGCUGGGGCAGGGGGGCGGGGCUCAGGCUGAUGUCACUUCCUUCAUCCAAUGGCAUCUGCACAGGACUCUCACCAACCCUUUUGCUUCCUGAUCCCCCCUCCCCCACCUUGCUUCCUCUUUACCCAGAAGAUCCAGUCGGUCCCUCGAAAGCUUGCACGGCCAUUACUGUCUAGACCACCUGUGCCCAUCUGGUAGAACUGGUGAGUCCCAAAUGGGCAAAAGCCUUGUCAUCAGUCCAUUUGAAACAAGCCAGCUUGACCAGUGGUAACUCCUUUUCAGCUGGGUCCCCCUGUUAAGACCUAGCUGCCUGCACUUCCCAUCCUCCUGUCUUUCAUGGCGUUUGAGAGGGACCAUUCAGUCCUUCCAAGGGACCCAAGCAGCCCUAGUCACGUUCACUGUGAUUGUCUGCAGCAAGGUCAGUUUCCAGCUCAGUCCCUCAAGGUCUCGCCAUGUAGAACUGACUGGCCUGAGACAGGGCAUUUACCUCUGCCCCUUUCCUCCAGUGCUGGAAUUAAUCUAUGUGCCAUACCCAGCUCUAUGUUUUCCCUAUUGAUGUCCUUGGUCACUCACUUGAGGAUUCUGGGUGUCUUUGUAUGACUUCAAUGGCUGUGAUAAAAUGCUAGGACUUUAAGCAACCUGGAGAGGAAAGGGUUUAUUUCAUCCGACAACUUUCUGGCCAUGCUCCAUCACCGAGUCAGGGAAGAACUCAAGGCAGGAACUGAAGCAGAGCCCAUGGAGGAACUCUGCUUACUGGCUUGCUCCCCAUGGUUUGCUCAGCCUAUUUCUCGUAUGCCCAGGACUGCCCAGGGCAGUCAUCAUUGCGCCCCUCCCACAUCCUCACUAAGAAAAUGCUACACAGCCUUGCUUUCAACUGCAGCUUACUGACGUGUUUUCUCAAUUGUGGUUCCCUCUUCUCAGAGAACUUUAGCUUGUGUUAAGUUGACAACACCAACAAAAGACAGUUGACAUGCAAUUGUUGUGUCAAUUUGACACACCAAAUGCAUCACUAUUCAGCUAUAACCUUUCUGUUUUUAUCCUCAAGCUCUCAAUAAUGGCAUCAAAAUAUACAGCAUAAGUAACUUUAAAAGUCCUCUACUGUUUAGAAACUCAAAUACUUUCAAAGUUGUCUCUUUAAAAUAUCCAAAGUCUCUUACAAACUUCAAAGCCUUUCUAAAAUUCCAAAGUCUCACAACUUGUGGGCUCCUGUAAAAUAAAAUAAUAAGUUACAUACUUCUUUCAAACAAGAACAUCCGGGGCACAGUUGAGUCAAAGCAGAGCGAAACAGAUGUCCCACAGUGCUAGGCUCCGUGCUGACCUUCUGGGACUUGCUCAGGAUCUUCUGGACUCCACGAGGCUUGAGCCUCUCUAGCCCUGCCAUUCACAGCCUAUUCAGCUUGCCUGGUGGGCUCAUACUAGCUCCACAGCAUACCUGCUGACGGCCUGGCUGGUCAUCCCAUGGUACUGGCACCUCCAAAAUACUGGGGUCUCUGUGAUGGCUGCGGCUGGGCUGCAUUCUCAGCAGUAGCCUUUCCUGAGCUCUUCUUCAGGAACGCUGAUCCUGUCACACUGUGCCAAGCCCCAAGGUCUCCCCAUGACCCCUUCAAUGCUGGGGCUUCUACUUCAACUGGGGCUGCAUUCACUGUUGAUUUCUUUUGACCUCUCGUGGUGCCGAAUCUCAGGUACUCUUCACAGCUCCUUCAUGUGUUCCAAACCAGUACCACGGAGAGAUGUUUACACAUUUCCAAGUUUGACUGCCAACAUGAGAGCCUGGGCUCCUCUUGGACCACAGCUUCUGUGUGCUAACCCUGGGGAAACACUCUUGGGAGAUUUCACCUCAGUGAUGCUGGUCUCAUCUUAAUGCCAGCUGAUUCUUCAGCCCUGGCUGCUCAGUAUCAAUUGUCCAAGCAAAGCAAAGGUUUCAUUUAAUGGUUCCUUGUUGAUUACAGCUGAUCAGGGUGGCUGAUUCUUCAAGGUCUUAGUAGAGUCCUUUAAGGGACCGUCAAAGCUCCCUCUGAAAUUUCACAAGCCAGGCCACCCUCAUUUGCAUUGCUCCCAGCUUUAUCUUUUAGGUUCCCACAGUGGUUCAUUAAGCUCUGAACCUCUCAAUGGCUUUCCUAGCCCAAAAUCCCAGAGUUCUACAACCCUUCCAAAACCCAAUCAGGUCUGUCACACAAAUACCCCAUUCCUCAUACCAAUUUCUGUCUUAGGGUUUCUGUUGUUUUGAGUAAAAAUACUACCAACCAAAAGCAACUUCGGGAUGUAAAUAUUUCUUCUUACAACUCUUUGGUUACACAUAGACCAUCACAGUGGGAAAUCGGGGGAGGAACUCAAAGCAGAAACUCAGGCAGAAUUCAUGGAGGAAUGCUGCCUAUUGGCUUGAAUGUCCACCUCCCUCGGGCCACCUGCCUCAGGGGUGGCACUGUUUUCAAUGUGCUAGGCCCUCCCAGGUGACCACUAAUGAAGAAAAUGUCCCACAGGCUUACCUAUAGGCCAGUCCUUUUUUUUUUUUUUAAGAUUUAUUUACUUUUUUAAUAUACACUGUCACUGUCUUUAGACACAACAGAAGAGGGCUUCGGACCCCAUUAAAGAUGGUUGUGAGCCACCAUGUGGCUGCUGGGGAUUGAACUCGGACCUCUGGAGUAGCUGUUAGUGCUUGUAACCACUGAGUGAUCUCUCCAGCUUCCCCCUUAUCCCCCCCAACCCCUUUAUAGGCCAGUCUUAUGGAGACGUUUUCUCAAUUGUCCUAUCAUCUCAGAUGACUCUAGAUUGUGUCAAAUACCAUCAAGGACACUAGUCAGGUGCUCUCACUGAGCCACACUGCCAGCCCCUUCCUGGGGUAUUCUAGGAAAGUGAUCCAUGUUCUCAGCCACCCUGGCAUUCUUCUAACUUCCAUUAUGUGGCGCAGCCUACCUGUUCAUUUCUCCAUUUCUAACAAAGAAACCCUGAGACAGGAAUGUAGGUCAGCUGGUAGAAUACUUGCCUGGGUUGCUCAAUUAUAGUUCUGCGUGCAUACCUGAUAGGUUGCUUUUAUUGAACAUACCUGAAAACAAGCUCCCAUGUCCUCAAGCAAACUUUUCCCACCAUUCUCUCUGUCGCAUUCAUUUAGUUUGGGAAUGGGUUUCGCUAUGUUGCAUAGACUGACCCCACCCUCUCUGUAUAGCUCAUGCUGGCACUUAAUUUGAGAUUCUUCCGCCCUGGGCCCUUGAGCACUGGAAUUACACACCUGUGUCACCACAUCCAUCUCUCUGUCUUGUUAAUAGUAAUUUGGUUCCUCUCUUUCCUCUGGAACAUCUUCACUGUGUCAUUUUUUUUGACUCCUUCCUCCCUCUCUGCCAGCACCCAAGGGAACGUUCCAUCAACAAAUUCAAUGUCAGUUCUACCUUAAAAAUAAAUUCUAGACUGAGGAGACAGCUCGGCCAAUAAAAUGCUUGCUGAGCAAGCAUGGGAGUCAGCGAUUGGUUCUCCCAGGUACUAGGUAAAACCCUGCAAUCCCAGCCUGGUGAAGGCCAGAGACAGGAUUCCUGGAGCAAGCUGGCCAGCCAGAUGAUGAGCCGUAUUGCCAAGUUCUGUGUUCAAAGGAGAGACCUUGUGUCUAAAUGCAAAGUAGCGGGAGUGUGAUUGAGAAAGAUAGCGCGCGCGCACACACACACACACACAAACACACACACACACACAAAGCCAUACAUGCACAUGUGCACACUAUACACUAUAUCCACAUGUAAAAAUAAAUUCCAACAGCAUUCGCAUAAUCCUUGGGUUCAGCUCCGAGUGCAGAAAAGAGAAAGCAGAUGAGGAAGUAAACCGUAAACCCCAGCACAUGUUCAUCAGUGUCUUGGUGCCUCCUUCCCCUAAACUACGUCAUUUGGUCCCUGCUUGAAGCCUGUUGCUAUAGCCAGAGGCUGGGGGCGUGGCUCAGCCAGUUGCUAGUAGUUCCUAGCAUGCACAAAGUUCCGUUCCCAGAACUGUGUAAAACCAGACACAGUGAUGCAUGCCUGGAAUCCCACUGCUCUGGAGGUAGAAGCAGGAGAACCAGAAGUUAAAAUUCAUCCUACUUUACAUUGUGAGUUCAAGGCCAGCCUGAGAUGCAUGAGAUCAUGUCGCAAAGAACAAAUGAAAAAAAUAAGUCCAAUUGUGCCACCCCUGUGCUCAAAACCUUUAACUAGACAGCUACGGUAACAUAUGCCUAUCAUCCCAGGACUGGGAGACUGAAGCAGGAGGAAUGGGCCAGCCUGGCCUACAUAGUAAGUUCAAGUCAGAGUGAUCUAUGUUUCAUGACCAUAUCUCAAAGAGGCAAAAAUAAGCAUUGCAUGUAUUAAAAGAAAUGUGUGUUGAAUGCAGAAAGAAUUUGGAACUGUUUAUCCAAGUUUGAAGGAGACCAGAGACUUGGGGAAGCCCCUAAAGACUUAACAAGAUCGGGGUUACGCUUUGUAUUGGGUGAGACUGGUGUGGAGUACCUUCUGGUGUGCUGGGUUGGCUCUGUAGUUAGAGGCUGCAUGGGAAGGAAGAUCUUCCUGAGCAUUAUGUAACAGAUGUGGUCUUGUGUAAAUCACACUUCUGUAAACACAGCCCAAUUUUAAAUGUACUAGCGGAGAUUGCUAUUUAAAGGCUUGUGAUGCCAGUCUCUUCUAUGAAGUGACUAAGGCAUCUCUUCAUUUUGCGCUCUGUGUCAAUUUCUAUUCUCCAUGAAGAAACAUUACAUUUACUUAAAAAGAAAAGAAAAAGAGCUGGAGAGAUGGCUCAGCAGUUAAGAGCACUGACUGCUCUUCCAGAGGUCCUGAGUUCAAUUCUCAGCAACCACAUGGUGGCUCACAACCAUCUGUAAUGGGAUCUGACGCCCUCUUCUGGUGUCUGCGACACCGUACUCACAUACAUGAAAUAAAUAAAACUUUAAAAACAUUACUGUACACCCAUUAGUGCUUGCAUUGCUGCUGUCUAUAUUUCUCUCUCCUUCCUCUUGCUGCCUGUCAUUCUUUUAAAUUUAUUUUUAUUUUAUUUUAUUUUUAUUUAUUUAUUUUAUUUAUAUUUUAUUUUUAUUCCCCCCCCCACACACACACACCCCGAGGUAGGGUUUCUCUGUGUAGUACUGGCUGGCCUGGAACUCAGAAAUCUGCCUGUCUCUGCCUCCCGAGUGCUGGGAUUAAAGAUGUGCCCCGUCACCGCCCAUGGCUUCCUGUCAUCCCUUAUGGCUGAGUUCUCUCCUCAUUGUAUGGAAUGUUCUGUUGUGGCUUGGGGGUGCUUGUAACCCCAGCUAGCAUAGAGGUGAAGGCAAGAGAAUUGAGUUCCGGUGGUGUGGGUCAUCUGGUAGAGUGCUUGUCAGGCGUGCGUAGCUCCGGGUUUGAUCUGAAGUAUUGCUUUGAGCUGAGCAAGAUGGGACAUGCUAAUAUUCCCAGUUCCUCAGGAGGUGGAGGCGUUGGGAGGCUCAAGAGUUCAGGUUGUUCUUGGUACAGCAGGUACCAGGUAGGCUAGGCUGAGCUACAUAGCGAUGUCAAGGCCAAAAACAAACAAACAAACAAACAAACAAACAAACAAACAAACGAUAUUGUGAUGUGUGCGGUGUUCCCUUCUCACACCAGAUGAAUUUCGUGGGAAGGAAGGGAGCAGAGUUAAGUUCCAGCGAAGAUCCAGUGUAGCCAGGUUUGGGACUAGCAACCAAAGUGACAGCUAAGUACUAUUUGUACAGGUAUUAGUACAUACUGUAUUAGUUUUGCCUCACUGUGACCAAAAUACUACACAGAAACAACUUAUGAGAGAAAGAGUAUGUUUUGAGUCAUCGUGCCAGAGCCCGCUCACAUCAAUGGGGCUCUUCAUAUCCUCUGGCUGACCGGGAAUCAAACAGGCUGUAACGGGUAGCGGGGAGGGGCAGGGCUGGUUACAACCCCAAAGGCUUGCCCUUAAAUCCUGCUUCCCUCAGCUGAGGGAAGCAGGACCUUGUGUUAGCAUCCUCAGCUGGGGGGUGGGGGAGGGGACAUUCAAAUCAGGAGCCAGUGGGGGACAGUUCAGAUUUAAAUCAUAGCAGACAUUCUUGUACUUACACUCUGAUGAGACCUUAGGGGUCGGUGCAUUGUAGAAUGUGACUGGAGUAGAACGUGACCAGACUACCUGAUGUGGACAUGGGCGGGUGGCAUUUAGGACUCUGGAAUGUCCCCUCCUUGCACGUCACCUGUUCUGCUCAUACCUUAAAUGGGAGCCUGGCUACUACCUGAUGGUUGUGUUCUGACUUCCGGAACAGUGGCUGCCUGCCGUGAACGCAACCUCUGUUUGCCUCACACUGGGUAGGUCUGUCUGUGUGUGCGAGGGCAUGUUCUUACUGAGGACACUCAGCAAUGAAACUUAGGGGUAGAUGGUAUGUGAGCAACCAGCACAGACGGUUUCCUUGAAGACAAUAGGUCAGUUUGUUAGGAGGCUGUUCAAGUUUACAUUGUCUUCAGUGGUUCUCCUUCUUGGUUGUCUGACAGACUUUGUCCUUUUGACUCUUACUGGAUCAAAAUUGGCUAAACGUCUGCUGGUAGGAAGAGUUAGAUUUUUUCCCCCAAUUUUGGGGUGCUGAGGAUGGAACCAUACCUGGGCCUAUCCCAUACCAGCCAAAUGCUCUGCUGCCUAGUCACAUCCCCACUCACGGGCAUUUUAGGCAGGGGUUCUACCACUGAGCCACGCCCCCAGCCCCUCACUGGGGGAUUCUAGGCAGGAGCUAUAACACUGAGCCACGCCCCCAGCCCCUCACUGGGGGAUUCUAGGCAGGAGCUAUAACACUGAGCCACGCCCCCAGCCCCUCACUGGGGGAUUCUAGGCAGGGGUUCUACCACUGAGCCACGCCCCCAGCCCCUCACUGGGGGAUUCUAGGCAGGGGCUCUACCACUGAGCCACACCCCCAGCCCCUCCCUGGGGGAUUCUAGGCAGGUGUUAUACCACUGAGCCACACCCCCAGCCCCUCCCUGGGGGAUUCUAGGCAGGUGCUAUACAACUGAGCCACGCCCCCAGCUCCUCACUGGGGAUUCUAGGCAGGGGCUCUACUACUGAGCCACGCCCCCAGCCCCUCACUGGGGGAUUCUAGGCAGGAGCUCUACCACUGAGCCACGCCCCCAGCCCCUCCCUGGGGGAUUCUAGGCAGGAGCUCUACCACUGAGCCACGCCCCCAGCCCCUCCCUGGGGGAUUCUAGGCAGGUGUUAUACCACUGAGCCACACCUCCAGCCCCUCCCUGGGGGAUUCUAGGCAGGUGCUAUACCACUGAGCCACGCCCCCAGCUCCUCACUGGGGAUUCUAGGCAGGGGCUCUACUACUGAGCCACGCCCCCAGCCCCUCACUGGGGGAUUCUAGGCAGGAGCUAUACCACUGAGCCACGCCCCCAGCUCCUCACUGGGGGAUUCUAGGCAGGUGCUAUACCACUGAGCCACGCCCCCAGCCCCUCACUGGGGGAUUCUAGGCAGGGGCUCUACUACUGAGCCACUCCCCCAGCCCCUCUCUGGGGGAUUCUAGGCAGGAGCUCUACCACUGAGCCACACCCCCAGCCCCUCCCUGGGGGAUUCUAGGCAGGUGCUAUACCACUGAGCCACGCCCCCAGCUCCUCACUGGGGGAUUCUAGGCAGGUGCUAUACCACUGAGCCACGCCCCCAGCUCCUCACUGGGGGAUUCUAGGAAGGGGCUCUACUCCUGAGCCACGCCCCCAGCUCCUCACUGGGGGAUUCUAGGCAGGGGCUCUACUCCUGAGCCACACCCCCAGCUCCUCACUGGGGGAUUCUAGGCAAGGGUUCUAACAAUGUGCACUAAGGUUGGAAUGAUUGUUGUAGAAUUAGAACAAGAGUUAAGAAGGUGGAAGAUAUUUGGGAGGAAGAAGAGGUGGGCCUUAGCAUUGCUGGGCUUGCAGCAAGUACUUCCUGUCUCAGUCAUGGGACAGAUGGGUCACUAAUGAAUCAGUUCUGUGACAGAUGCGGGGAUCUUGAUACUGCCCAUCUCAGCCCUUUACCUACUUUGUUUUGUGAAAUCGUUCAUAUGAUGUUGCCGUGGGACCUUAUUAGAGAAUCGAGAAGCAAAGUUCCCACCAGCUGUGGAAAUGGGGUGUGGCAGAAGGCAUGAAGAGGUUAUAGAGCAGUUGGGCAACAUAGUGGUUUGAGAGCAGACUCGGCCCAGCCCUGUCCAUUGAAACAUUUCCUGCAGAAGCCCUGGCAAGGGAUACUGCCGGCAAUAUGGAUAAUUUUAUCUUGGGCUGUGCCUUACCUGUCUGCCACUGUCACCAAGUCCUGUACAUGUAACUUAAGGGUAGAAUGGUUUACUUUAGCUCACAGUUGGAGAAGUUAGUCUACCUUGAUGGGAAGGCGUAAGAGUGUUCACAAUGGCAGGAACUUGUGGACCAGACUCCCUUUCUCUGGACCAGGAAGCAGAGAGAUCAGAUGGAAAGCAGAGCCAGGCUAUCAAGGUUUGACCCCAGCAUCCAGUGACCCACUUUCUUCAGAAACGCAUUGUCUUUCUACAUUCAAACAGAUUAGCUUCAGGAAGGAGGAUGGUUUGUAUCUCUGUUGGUUCCUUUUUCUGUUGAGAAGAAGAAGAAGAGGAGGAGGAGGAGGAGGAGGAAGAAGUAGAAGAAAAAGAAGAAGAAGAAGAAGAAGAAGAAGAAGAAGAAGAAGAAGAAGAAGAAGAAGAAGAAGAAGAAGAAGAAGAAGAAUUAUUCAACGACGACAACAAAAGCAAAUUAAAGGAGGACAACAAAAGCAAAUUAAAGGAGAAAGGAUUUGUUCUAACUCAUUCCAUCAUGGUGGAAAGGCCAGGCCAGCAGGCAGAGAAGGCUUAAUGAGAGCAGAUGCCCGAUUGUGCACAUUGUAUUCACAAUCAGGAAGCAAAUGGAGCUGAGCUAGAAAGGCUCAAGGCCCGCCCCGACUGGCCCGUUUUUUGUUUUUUUUUUCUCCAGAGAGACUCCACCUCCCAAGGGUCCCAAACCUUCCCAAACAGUGCCACCUGCUGAGGACGAGCACUUUCACACAUAAGCCCUGUGGGGACAUUUUUCAUAGCACAACAGACUGUGAGGGGCCGCCAGCAGACGGGCUUCUGGGAGGUAGUGAGAGUAAUGAUGAUGGAGAAAUUGGAGUUCCUGUUCCUGACAGCUGAUAUGAUGGCUAACACUGUCAACAGGACCUAGGAUCACCCAGAAGGCGAGCUUCUUUCCCAGUCUGUCUGUGAGGCCUGGGGUGUCUGGAUUAAUUGCAGUGGGCCAUGAAGACCUGCCCUGGAUGUACGUGCACCGUCCUGCGGGAUUCCUCUAAAGCAUCCCGCUCCCAUCCCGCCACCAGCGGCUCACACUCACUUUCUGUUCAUCUCUAGCUGGACUCCUGUUCGGCCCUGCUGUGCAGUUACUGAGUAUUUCCUGUUAAAAGGAAGCAAGCCCAGGAAAUGAGAGCAGGAAGGGGGAGAGGGGAAGAAAAAUGGAAAAGGAAAUGGAAAGAAGGAAAGAAAACAAAAAAAAAGUUAAAAGAAGCACAUAUAAGUUCUUUCUUUUCUUCUUUUAUUUAAUGUGUAUGGUAUUUUGCCUGUGUGCAUGUCUGUGUACCAUGUGUGUUCCUGAUGCCUGCAGAGGCCAGAAGAGGGCAUCAGGUCCCUUGGAACUGAAGUUUUAGACAAUCAUGAACCACCAUGUAGAUGCUGGGAGAAGAGCAACCAGGCUCCUGACCACUGACCUGUCUCCAGUCCCUCUUUUUAUUUUUGUGUCAUAUGAAUAUUGAACUGAGGGUCUCCUUUAAACAAAACAGGCACUGUGCCACUGAGCCAGCCUUCAGUGCUCUACCAGAUGAUUCUAGGCAGGGGCUCUACCACUGAGCCACGGCCCCAGCCCCUCCCUGGAAGAUUCUAGGCAGGGGCUCUACCACUGAGCCAGGACCCCAGCCCCUCCCUGGGGGAUUCUAGGCAGGGGCUCUACCACUGAGCCACGCCCCCAGCCCCUCCCUGGAAGAUUCUAGGCAGGGGCUCUACCACUGAGCCACGGCCCCAGCCCCUCCCUGGAAGAUUCUAGGCAGGGGCUCUAUCACUGAGCCACGCCCCCAGCCCCUCCCUGGGAGAUUCUAGGCAGGGGCUCUAACGCUAAGUAGAGCCUGUUUUCUGUAUGUCUUCUAUUUUGUUUCCUGUCCCCCUUCUUCCCUGCCUUUUUCUUGGGUGUUCUUUCUGGCCUCAGCAGUUGGUCUUCCGUUGGCCCCUUGCCUCAGGGCUACAUCCCAAGCCUCUACCUACUCUUGCUAUGGAACCUUUACAAACUAGCCUGGCCUUGGUAACUCAAAAGCUGGGCUGCAGCCCAGAGUUGCGUGCGUGACUGGACAAUGCCCAGUUGCUCCGCAAGCCAGCCCAGGCUACACUUCCUGCUCUAUCAAGUAGCAAGGCUCCAAAACUUCCCUUUGGUUACAUCCAGGCUGAUCUGCCUGGAGGGAGUCUGUAAAUAGAGAGGACUGGAAGGGGAGGCAGAGAAGUAAAGAGAGAAAGCCUCCCUUCCUUCAGAGCCUGCUGAUAAUUGGCUCUCAGGGACCAGCUGGGGACACAGGGGCCAGCUGGGCCAGGAAGUGCUGCACAAUGCUGUUCUUUCAGGAGAGCCACUGCUGGCCGUAGGUCCCGUGUGACUCCAGCGGAAUAAAGAGAACAGAGUGUUCUCAAAGGAUGUUCUCGAACCUAGACCCCCCUUCAGAGACAGGGCCUUUCCCUGAGCCCGGAGUUCAUCUGACCAGUGAGCUCUAGGGACCUGCCUGGCUCUGCCUCUGUGUCGUGCACCCCAGAUGGAAUUGUACAGUUAUAAGAUGUGCAUCACACCUGGAUUUUAUACGGUCAGCGUCAAUAAGGCCAUUAAUACGCAGGAAGUGGCCGUGAAAGAGAAACAUGCCAGGACGUGUAUUCUGGGCACCCACCAUGAGAAAGGAGCGCAGACCUUUUGGUCUGUGGUCAACCGACUGCCUCUCUCCAGCAACGCCAUGCUGUGCUGGAAGUUUUGUCACGUGUUCCACAAACUUCUUCGAGAUGGACAUCCGAACGUGCUGAAAGACUCUCUGAGAUACAAAAAUGAGUUAAGCGACAUGAGCAGGAUGUGGGGCCACCUGAGCGAGGGGUAUGGACAGCUUUGCAGCAUCUACCUCAAACUGCUGAGAACAAGGAUGGAGUACCACACCAAAAAUCCCAGGUUCCCGGGCAACCUCCAGAUGAGUGACCGACAGCUGGAUGAGGCCGGAGAAAGUGACGUUAACAACUUUUUUCAGCUCACAGUGGAGAUGUUUGAUUACCUGGAGUGUGAACUGAACCUCUUCCAGACUGUGUUCAACUCCUUGGACAUGUCCCGUUCGGUGUCCGUGACCACGGCUGGCCAGUGCCGCCUCGCACCGCUCAUCCAGGUCAUCCUGGACUGCAGUCACCUCUAUGACUACACUGUCAAGCUGCUCUUCAAGCUCCACUCCUGUCUUCCAGCUGACACCCUGCAGGGCCACCGAGACCGCUUCAUGGAGCAGUUCACAAAGUUGAAAGAUCUGUUUCAGCGCUCCAGCAACCUACAGUACUUCAAGCGGCUCAUUCAGAUCCCCCAGCUGCCCGAGAAUCCACCCAACUUCCUACGAGCCUCGGCCCUGUCAGAGCACAUCAGUCCUGUGGUGGUGAUCCCGGCAGAGGUGUCAUCCCCAGACAGUGAGCCUGUCCUGGAGAAGGAUGACCUCAUGGACAUGGACGCCUCCCAGCAGACUUUGUUUGACAACAAGUUUGAUGACGUCUUUGGCAGCUCAUUGAGCAGCGACCCUUUCAAUUUCAACAAUCAAAAUGGCGUGAACAAGGACGAGAAGGACCACUUGAUUGAACGCCUGUACAGAGAGAUCAGUGGACUGACAGGGCAGCUGGACAACAUGAAGAUUGAGAGCCAGCGGGCCAUGCUGCAGCUGAAGGGUCGAGUGAGUGAGCUGGAGGCAGAGCUAGCAGAGCAGCAGCACUUGGGCCGGCAGGCUAUGGAUGACUGCGAGUUCCUGCGCACUGAGCUGGAUGAACUGAAGAGGCAGCGAGAGGACACGGAGAAGGCACAGCGCAGCCUGACUGAGAUAGAAAGAAAGGCCCAGGCUAAUGAACAGAGGUAUAGCAAGUUAAAAGAGAAGUACAGUGAACUGGUGCAGAACCAUGCUGACCUGCUGCGGAAGAACGCAGAGGUGACCAAACAGGUGUCCGUGGCCCGGCAAGCCCAGGUGGAUUUGGAAAGAGAGAAAAAAGAGCUAGCAGAUUCCUUUGCACGGGUAAGUGACCAGGCCCAGCGGAAGACUCAAGAGCAACAGGAUGUUCUAGAGAACCUGAAGCAUGAACUGGCCACCAGCAGACAGGAGCUGCAGGUCCUCCACAGCAACCUGGAAACCUCUGCCCAGUCAGAAGCGAAAUGGCUGACACAGAUCGCCGAGUUGGAGAAGGAACAAGGCAGCUUGGCGACUGUUGCAGCUCAGAGAGAGGAAGAGUUAUCAGCCCUCCGAGACCAGCUGGAAAGCACCCAGAUCAAGCUGGCUGGGGCCCAGGAAUCCAUGUGCCAGCAGGUGAAGGACCAGAGGAAAACCCUCUUGGCAGGGAUCAGGAAGGCUGCGGAGCGUGAGAUACAGGAGGCGCUGAGCCAGCUUGAGGAACCCACCCUCAUCAGCUGUGCAGGAUCCACAGAUCACCUUCUCUCCAAAGUCAGCUCCGUUUCCAGCUGCCUCGAGCAACUGGAAAAGAACGGCAGCCAGUAUCUGGCCUGCCCAGAAGAUAUUAGUGAGCUUCUGCACUCGAUCACCCUGCUUGCCCACUUGACCGGUGACACUAUCAUCCAGGGGAGUGCCACCAGCCUCCGGGCCCCACCGGAGCCAGCCGACUCGCUGACGGAGGCCUGUAGGCAGUAUGGCAGAGAAACCCUGGCCUAUCUGUCCUCCCUGGAGGAAGAGGGAACUAUGGAGAAUGCUGACGUCACAGCCCUUAGGAACUGCCUCAGCAGGGUCAAGACCCUUGGCGAGGAGCUGCUGCCCAGGGGCCUGGACAUCAAGCAGGAAGAGCUGGGUGACCUGGUGGACAAGGAGAUGGCAGCCACUUCAGCUGCCAUUGAAGCUGCCACCACCCGGAUAGAGGAAAUUCUCAGUAAGUCCCGAGCAGGAGACACGGGAGUCAAGCUGGAGGUGAAUGAGAGGAUCCUGGGUUCCUGUACCAGCCUGAUGCAGGCCAUCAAGGUGCUCGUUGUGGCCUCCAAGGACCUCCAGAAGGAGAUAGUGGAGAGUGGCAGGGGUACUGCAUCCCCUAAAGAAUUUUACGCCAAGAACUCUCGGUGGACGGAAGGGCUGAUAUCCGCCUCCAAAGCUGUUGGUUGGGGAGCUACCAUCAUGGUGGAUGCUGCUGAUCUUGUGGUCCAAGGCAAAGGGAAGUUCGAGGAGCUGAUGGUGUGUUCACGCGAGAUUGCUGCCAGUACUGCCCAGCUCGUGGCUGCAUCCAAGGUGAAAGCGAACAAGGGCAGCCUCAAUCUGACCCAGCUGCAGCAGGCCUCUCGAGGAGUGAACCAGGCCACAGCCGCUGUGGUGGCCUCAACCAUUUCUGGCAAAUCUCAGAUUGAGGAAACAGACAGUAUGGACUUCUCAAGCAUGACACUGACCCAGAUCAAGCGCCAGGAGAUGGAUUCCCAGGUUAGGGUGCUGGAGCUGGAAAAUGACCUGCAGAAGGAGCGUCAGAAACUAGGAGAGCUACGGAAGAAACACUACGAGCUGGCGGGCGUGGCUGAGGGCUGGGAGGAAGGGACAGAAGCAUCACCGUCUACUGUCCAAGAAGCAAUACCGGACAAAGAGUAGAGCCAAGCCGACACCCCACACAUCAGAAUGUAAAUCCUUGUUACCCUUCUGUGACACUCGCUCCCCACUGUGGCACAUCAGGUCCUUGUAGGCCUCUCCAGUGACAAAAGCUGAAGGCCAUCGGGUCUCCCCAUGACACCACCUCCGUUUGCAUGCAUGAUGGGCUCUUCCCCUAUAUCCCUGGCACACAGGCAGACCAGGGUCAGCCACGAGCAAGCUCAGGUCCACAGAAAAACAGCAACAUGGCCACUUCCUCACAGGCCAUGUCCGGCUUAGAGGGGCUUCUUGUCACUGGGAGCUUGGAGAGGGGACAGCUUACGUCUUUUCUUUUUCCCCCUCCUCAGUCCUUUGCAUUUUGUCCUUUGCACAAACUUGUGAGCAUCCAAACUCCGCUGGAUUCCAACCCAGACUGAUGUCCGACUCCACUGUUGGAAAGAACACGAAGGGACAGCUGGCCUCCACACUACACUUUUUGGCAGUUCGAUGGGUCCUCUAACUGCAUCUUAAUAGGUGGUCGUUUGGGUCUUUUGGUUUCCCGUUUUUAAAGUUUCACACAACCAACUUUCCCAAAAAGGAUUCCUCCCCCACCCAGCCUGACCCUGAGCUCUGAGCCUUCUGAGAGGAAGCCCCCCCACAGCGCCAGCACACCCCGGUGCGGCUCAGGCUACGCUUUGGUGCUCCAGCUCGGCAGUUCCGUCAGCCAAGGCUACUCCCCAGGAUGACAGCUCUCCUUGGAAGGCUGAGGCUGAGCUAGUGCCUUUACUUUCUGACCUGGAUGCCAGCCCAAGGCCUCUGUCCACCAUCACAAGCCGGGGAGCACCAGAGUUGAAGACAAAGCAGAUGGUGCCAGGGACCCAGCUGUUCAGGGGACGUUUUCUUAGGAGCUCCUGUCACCAGGCUCAACCCACCACCUGCAAGAAUGGAGCCGGUGUGGAACAGCAACACUACAUCCCCAGAGCGAACUUCCUGUGCCAUGUCAUUUGGGUCACCUCCUGUCAAACCUAGACAAGGCCCCAAGAGGGACAAAUAUAAAGGAACCGGAAGUGGUUCCUUCUCCGUCUGCCUGCUUCUGCAUCCUACUGAACCAGAAAGCAAUGGUUCCGUGUGCUACUUACCCAAUAGGCCCACUGGAUCAGGAAACGAGCUUGGCUCGGUUUAAGACUCUUUAUAUUUAUUACUAACAAUCUUUAUGCAGCACAUGCCCCAGAGAUGCUUGGAGCAAUCAGGACCAAGGGUAACUAAACAGGCGUGCCCUCCGCUAUCAAUCUCCACAGAUCAUCAUAGAGCUAACGUGCCAUCCCUGGGCAUUUCCAGGCUUGGAUUCCAAAGCAGGCAGGUUCCUUAAAGCACUGAGGAGCAGGGCAGAGGAGAAAGGGGACCACUGGCUCUAGCACAGUCCCCAUCACCACCCACCCACUCUGGCUCCCAUGCAGACAGGAUGGGGACAGGGGGCACCACGCCUAGCCACAAGCAGGGACAGCACUUUGCAACUCCCUAAUGGACCCCUGAUCUAAGUGACCUUGUGGGCCAGGGGGGUGGUGGCUUCUUUAUCUGUAGUAACACAUAGGUGGCAGCCAGCAAGCACUUCUUUGAGCCUGUCCCCAUGGGGCAGAGCUCAGCUUCGCUGGGUGAUGGGUUGUGAGACUAGUGCUUGAUCACUGUGAAUCAACCUCCUCCUUCCUGCCCCACUCACCCCCACUCUGUCCCCGGUGGGCACUCCAAAACCUCCCAGAGACCCAGAUGAUGGCUGUGACAUGUGACCUCCACACUGGGCUGAAGGAGUUUUCUGCAGUAGAAACGGGCCCAUUCUGGUGCCAGAACAAUGUUUUUUGGGUCCAAGGACCAGAACACUCGAUGGAUGAGUGGCAUUGUUGGCUCAUUUGUGCCAAUGCAGCUGGUCCAUGUGUUCACUGCCAGUCAGCUUUUCCUACGGUGGCCAUAGAGUCCUUGUCUCUAGAGUCACUCUCAUAUGUCCCAUUGAGAUGACAUCAAACACAGCAAUAGAUGGGGGUUUUCUGAAUAAAUGACGAACCCAUAUGAAAAGCCACUAUCAUUUUUAAAAAACCAAUAAAAUCUGCCUGGGGAGUGAAACAGUGAAAAGCCCCAGCUCGAGGUAAGGCAGCAGCACAGAAGGGUCCCUACCUGCUUCAUGUCACAUCGGGACUUUGUAAUAGCUCGAGUCGGAAGCUGUCCUUCUACAGCCAGGCUGGCUAGCGCACACCUGUAACCUUGGCACUCAGCAGACCGAGGCAGGAAGAUCCUGAAUUUACAUACCUUAUCUCAAAAAACAAACAAACAAAAAAAUUAAAACAGGUUAUAUAUGUUUGUGUAUAGAGAUUUAUAUAACUGGCUUUUAGAGACAGGGUCUUACUGCAUAGUCCUGGCUGGCCUCCAACUAGCUUUGUCCACCUUAUUGUCCUGAGGUCACAGGGGUUCCCCUUCCUCUGUCUCCUAAAUGCUGGGAUCAAAGGUGUAAGCUAUCUCACCCAGUUGAGACCAUAAUUUUUUUGGCUCUGCUACUACCUAAACGUGAGUCUUUAAACUGGUGGCUGGUCAAACCAAGCUGGAAAUUCUUUUGUUUUUUCCUCUCACCAAAGCAGUUUUUAUUUGAGGCAAGGAGAAGUCUGACCCAUAUGAUUACAGUUCUAAGCACUCUUAAGUGUUAGUGGCAUGACUUGGGCUAUAAAACUUGCUUCUGUUUGGUUGGAAAGGGUAUUCGUGAUAAAGUCCUCCAGGUGGGUAAGAAGAAAGACCUCAGCUAGUGGUACUGCCCUCCAGAUCCUACAUCAAACUAACUAACUCUCACCAUCUGGUUUGCAAGGUGCCACCCAGUGCAGAGGGACAUGGGACACUUGCAAGGGCAGAUGAGGCAGAAAGAACAGGUGCAAGUCACUUGAGGAGCAGCUCAAAAGGAACUUCACAGCCUUCCUCCCCACACCCCCAGGCUGCUUAGACUGAAGGCUGCUGCCUUGGGUGUAGCUAGAUCCUCAAGGGAGCUGAGGGGCUGGAGAGGUAGCUCAGCAGUUAGUACUCCCCGCUCUUACAGAGGACCCCCAAAUCAGCUCCCAGCACCCACAUGUGACCACGACCGCCUUCAACUCCAGCCUCAAGGGAUCCAAUGGCAUCUGCUGCAUGCGUUCAUGCAGAAGUGCCCACAUACUUUUAGAGAAAAUAACUCCUGAAAAAAAAAAUAACUUUAAAGGCAGAAAAUUGACAAAAUAAUGACUUAGGGUGGGGUGAGGAAGAAACUCAAAUCCAGCUGUGACUUAUAUUUAGAUAAUGCAGUUUCCUGGUGCCUCCAAGGCUAAGCAUAAGUGUGUGCAUAGGAGAUCUACUUCUGUGGGGUUAGGUCAUAGCUCAAAAAGGAAUUUAAAUAGUUAUGCCAGGUUUGUCAAUGCACAACUAUAAUCCCAGCAUUUGGGAAUCCGAGGCAGGAGGAAUGUGAGUUCAGGUCUAGCCUGGGCUAUAUACUAAGACCUUGUCUCAAAAACAAAGAUCAGGCUCUAAUUUAACUGGCUUAUUGCAGUACUGUCCCCAGCACUAUCCUCAGAUUCCUGUUUUGCCCUGGGAGAAUCAAACACAUGCAGGGCACCCUGUCUCAGAACUGGUGUGGUAAGUCAGGGUCACAAGUGUUUAUCAUUCUGGUCACAUUAGGGUGCUAUGGCCUCUCAUCAUCGGAGGUAUUGGUCCUCAUCCUGUGUCUGGGGGAGUUUUUACUUCUUGGUCAGUGACUUAGUUGUAGAAGGGUCCCUGGCACUGUUUGACCCUGAAUUUUAAUGCUGACCAAUGUGUUACUCCCGGUUGCCUUUCCAUAUCUCUGGAGACCUUGCUAGAAAAGCAAGUCUAUGGGCGCAACAUUAACCUGCCAAUAAGAGUGGCCCUGCCCUCUGCCGUCUUGGAUCAUCUGUAGUAGCCUUCCAACCAGAGUGGGCUUUGCUUUCUCUCUCCCAUCUUUGAUCAUCUUCCAAGUUGGCUUCCAACAAGGAUGAGCUCUGCUCGGUCGAUCUUCAUCUUGGAUCCCCUACAUUGGCCUUCCAAAGAGAGGGGCUUUGCCCUCUUUCCACCUUUCAGGUUCUCAGAGACCACACUGUAACAUUGGAAACUACCAUGACAGCACUUGCCAGGCAUUCACAGUGACGCAGAAGAGCUAUUUGACUCCCAGGUCCAGCCCAAACCCACGACCAGCAAAGCAGUAAUGGAGUGCUUCCCCUCCCAGGAGCCAGAGCCAGGAAUGGUGGGUUAGACGUGACUGGAUCCAGUUGUGAGGAUAGAACCUUCCAGACAUGUGUUUCAGGUGACCCUCAACUACCUCAGGUUUGAAGACCCUAAGUUAAACUUGAUUACCACUCUAGGGACAAACCGAGGAAUCUGGUUAAAUCUUGGUGAUAACCUAAAUGUCUCAAGCUUAUAACAAACUCUCAAACCGUGCAGGGAUGGGGCUGAUUUUUGUUUGUUUAUGCCCGCCCCCUUCUGUUUCUAACCUUUUCCACUGUUUUCCAUUAGAGUAGUCCCUAUAAGUGAAUUUCACUUCUCACAAGGUGCCUACCUUCCCAGAGCAGGUAGCCACUGGCUCUUGUUUCCUCCUCACAGGACUUUUAUUAUGGAAUGAAGAUCUUUCUUUGUAUAAUGCAUUGCAUCUGUGGUUUCAAUUUUUUCCAAUAAAUAUGUCAGCCUGGCUGUGGAGAA